AUGGAGCUGGAGGAGGCGUUCCAGGCGGUGGGGGAGAUGGGCAUCUACCAGAUGUACUUGUGCUUCCUGCUGGCCGUGCUGCUGCAGCUCUACGUGGCCACGGAGGCCAUCCUCAUUGCACUGGUCGGGGCCACACCAUCAUACCACUGGGACCUGGCAGAGCUCCUGCUGAAUCAGAGUCACAGCAACCAGUCAGCUGGUGAAGAGCAGGCCUUUGGGGCCUGGCUCCUGACUGCCAAUGGCAGCGAGAUCCAUAAGCACGUGCAUUUCAGCAGCAGCUUCACCUCCAUUGCUUCUGAGUGGUUUUUAAUUGCCAACAGAUCUUACAAAGUCAGUGCAGCAAGCUCUUUUUUCUUCAGUGGUGUGUUUGUUGGAGUUAUCUCUUUUGGUCAACUUUCAGAUCGCUUUGGAAGGAAAAAAGUCUAUCUCACAGGUUUUGCUCUUGACAUCUUGUUUGCUAUUGCAAAUGGAUUUUCCCCCUCAUACGAGUUCUUUGCAAUAACUCGCUUCCUGGUGGGAAUGAUGAAUGGAGGAAUGUCACUGGUGGCCUUUGUCUUGCUGAAUGAAUGUGUGGGCACCGCCUACUGGGCACUCGCAGGAUCGAUUGGCGGCCUCUUCUUUGCAGUUGGCAUUGCCCAAUAUGCCCUGUUAGGAUACUUCAUUCGCUCCUGGAGGACCCUAGCCAUUCUGGUUAACCUGCAGGGAACAGUAGUCUUUCUCUUGUCUUUAUUCAUUCCUGAAUCACCUCGUUGGUUAUACUCCCAGGGUCGACUGAGUGAGGCCGAGGAAGCACUGUACCUUAUUGCCAGGAGGAAUCGCAAGCUCAAGUGUGCCUUCUCACUCACACAUCCAGCCAGCAGGAGCUACGGGGAGACUGGAAGUGUCCUGGAUCUGUUCCGUUACCGGCUCCUCUUAGGACACACUCUGAUCCUGAUGUUCAUCUGGUUUGUGUGCAGCUUGGUAUAUUAUGGCCUAACUCUGAGUGCAGGUGAUCUAGGUGGAAGUAUUUAUGCCAACCUGGCCCUGUCUGGCCUCAUAGAAAUUCCAUCUUACCCUCUGUGCAUCUACUUGAUUAACCAGAAAUGGUUUGGUCGGAAGCGGACAUUAGCAGCAUUUCUAUGCCUAGGAGGACUGGCUUGUCUUAUUGUAAUGUUUCUUCCAGAAAAGAAAGCCACGGGUGUGUCUGCGGUGGUCAACAGCCAUUCCCUGUCCUUGCUGGGGAAGCUGACGAUCAGCGCUGCCUUCAACAUUGUUUAUAUCUACACCUCUGAGCUUUACCCCACGGUCAUCAGGAAUGUCGGGCUUGGAACUUGCUCCAUGUUCUCCCGAGUCGGUGGGAUUAUUGCUCCCUUCAUCCCCUCACUGAAGGACGUGCAGUGGUCUUUACCCUUCGUUGUCUUUGGAGCCGCCAGCCUGACCUCGGGCCUCCUGAGUUUGUUAUUGCCAGAAACCCUUAACAGUCCGUUGCUAGAGACGUUUUCUGACCUUCAGCUGUAUUCAUAUCGCAGGCUAGGGGAGGAAGCGUUAUCUUUGCAGACCAUGGAUCCUCCACAGUCUGCAGACAAGGAGAGCUCUUUAGGGAGCGAGAGUGAGCAGGAGGAAGAGUUUUACGAUGCAAAUGAAGAGACUCAGAUGAUCAAGUGA